AUGGACAAACUUGACUUGUCAGGAGGAGGAGAUGGCGCAUCGGACAUGACUAAUGAGACAUUUGUUAAGAAAAGCCGAGUGGAGAAUACAGAAGUUUCCUUGCGUGUGGUUAUGGCUGCUUUGUUAGUGCUUCUCAUCCUCUUCACCUUACUGGGCAACACACUUGUGUGCAUGGCAGUGAUCAAAUUUAGGCAUCUACGGUCCAAGGUCACCAACUUCUUUGUCAUCUCCUUGGCUGUAUCCGAUCUCUUGGUAGCUGUGCUGGUGAUGCCAUGGAAAGCAGUUGCUGAAGUGGCUGGUUUCUGGCCUUUUGGUGGUUUCUGUGACAUUUGGGUGGCUUUUGAUAUCAUGUGUUCCACAGCAUCAAUCCUCAACUUGUGCAUCAUUAGCAUGGACCGUUACUGGGCCAUUUCCAGCCCCUUCCGCUAUGAACAGAAGAUGACCCAACGGGUAGCUUUUGUCAUGAUUGGGGUGGCUUGGAUGCUCUCCGUUCUGAUCUCAUUCAUACCUGUCCAUCUGAGAUGGCACAAAGCCAGGAAGCUCCUUCCUGCUGAGGAAUCAGGCUCCAACAUCACUUGGAUCCCAGAAGGAAAUUGCGACUCCAGCCUCAACAGAACCUAUGCGAUCUCCUCAUCAUUCAUCAGUUUCUAUAUUCCUGUUGCCAUCAUGAUAGUGACCUACACCCGGAUUUUCCGCAUUGCUCAGAGACAGAUACGAAGGAUCUCUUCUCUAGAGAGGGCUGUGGAACAUGCCCAGAGUUGCCAAAGCAGUGAGUGUUCUCAUGAGGUCUCCUUGAGGAACUCCUUUAGAAAGGAAACCAAGGUCCUGAAGACCCUUUCUAUCAUAAUGGGAGUUUUUGUCUUCUGCUGGCUUCCUUUCUUUGUGCUCAACUGCAUUGUGCCGUUCUGUGAUCCCAACCUGCAUAAGCUGGGGAAGUUGCCCUGCGUCAGUGAUACAGUUUUCAACAUCUUCGUCUGGUUUGGCUGGGCAAACUCGUCUCUCAAUCCAAUCAUCUAUGCCUUCAAUGCUGACUUCCGGAGGGCUUUUGCAGCCAUCUUGGGCUGUGGUCGCUUGUGUCCCAGCAAUGCUGUGGAGACAGUAAACUUCAGCAAUGAGCUGGUUUCAUACCAUCAUGACACCACCUGCCAGAAAGACCUUGGGACCUUAAGUUACCCACACCUUCUCCCUCAUGCUAUAACUCUUCAAGGGGAGGGUGAUGAUCUCGUGUUUGACAAGGUCUCCCAAUCAUCUCAUGAUAACAGUGCAACUGUUUUGUCAGCCAUUAUUCAUGUGGAGUAUGAGACAGAUCUGUCGCUGGAGAAGAUCACUCCCUUUGCCUCCAAUGUAAUGGAUGAAGAGAGAACCAAGAAUGAUCAUGCAGAGGGGAACAGUGAACAUGAACUUUUUCCAUGGGUUAGGUGA